AAAAGCUAAGCUUAUUCGUCAGCAGGAACUUGAAGUGAACGGUUGUUACAAGUGAUUAGUUCGCAAAAUCACUUUAUUACUAAAGCAAUAUUUAACUGCUUUAUAAGUAUAACAUCAGGAAAAUACAAAUUUUAAUUGAAAUGUUGAAUUUUAAUUUGAUCGCCGCUGUUUGCGAGAACUCAGGUAUAGGUUUAAACGGUGAUUUGCCAUGGAGUUUAAAGUGUUUUCAUGUACUUUGUUUUAUACAUUCAAGGUCGGAAUAUGAAUAUUUUACACAAACAACAAAACGACGAUGUGAUAUCACAAAGCAUAAUGUUGUUAUAAUGGGACGGCUUACUUAUUUAAGUAUACCCGAACACGAACGACCGCUUGCAGACCGCUUUAAUGUUGUUUUAAGUACAACUUUAUCGCCAACCGAUCUGCCAACAAAUGUGCUUUUAUUUCCUAAUCUAGAGUCAGCAAUGAAACGAUUGGAACAAAGAGAUUUGCGAGAACGAAUUGAAAAUGUUUGGAUAGUUGGCGGAAGUGGGGUUUACAGAGAAGCUAUGUCUUCACCGCGCUGUCAUCGUCUCUAUAUAACAAACAUUAAACAAAAGUUUAACUGUGAUAUAUUUUUCCCUAACAUACCAAAUAGUUUCAAAGAAAUAGGACCGGAUCCGGAGACGCCAUUAGGUGUACAGGAGGAAAAUGGUGUGCAAUAUGAAUACAAAAUUUACCAAAAGUAAUCCUUACAGUUAAUUAAAAAUUUAUAUUUUAAGUUUGAUAGCAAUAAUAAUUGAUAAUGAAUAAAAAUUAA